AUGUCGUCGACGAGCAGUGUUUGCUCCUCUAACGAUGCAGAUUUCAUUAUCGAUAGCCGGAUUCCCUCUGCUAUGAGACGUGAUGUUGAACGUUUUUCUGUAUUUGUAGGAAGGCUUCGAGCAGCUUUGGAUGUUAAUACAACUGUCCCAGAUGGCGAGUCUAUGUGCGUUUCCGUUCAUGCUGCUCUAGAAAUGGUCUCUGAAUCAAUGAGAGAUCUUUUCAAAUAUUCUCAGUUCAAGACGAAUCAAGUUAUACUACCAAGCUUACAACUAGUUCAGUCUGUUAAAGACUUGAAGUUUGAUAGCUCGCUUGUUGAUACAACCCACGUUCAUCAGAUAAUUGACCAACUGGAAUCAGCUGUACUCAAUACUAUCAUAAAUCGACACGUGAUAUCUCCGCAAUCGACGCGAUUUUCAACUGUUGGAAGAAGACAAAAACAGUCUUCCUCAGAAGUUUACUCUUCUUCAAAAUCCAAAACGCUACAACGUCGACAUUCAGCGUAUCAUACGGAUAAUGAUGCCAAUGAUGAUGUUCAUGUACAGCCCUCAGUCCAUAUAAUGGAAAUUGACAAAGUUCUGAUCUCACGUGAAGACGGACUCGAUAUUGCAUUUGAACGAACAAAAGCUUGGAGCACGUAUUGCAAAGAUCUGCUAGCGUAUAUCCGAGCAAGGUUACAACUGGAGCAAGAUCAUGCUCGAAGAGUUUUCUCUUUGGUAGAUGCCAGCCGACGUGAUAUUGGAAAGCCAUGGCUUGGAUUACGUGAGGUGUGGGAAGAUAGUUUCGAUUGUGAAACAAGCUUAAUGGCACGAACACGAGAGACUGUUGAUACGUUAAAGGAUAGAGUAGUUGAAGCAUUAGAAACACGUCGGAAGGAACAUGAGCUUGUGCGAAGUAAUCUUAAAGUUGAAUGGAGCAAGAUCAUCAAAGUUGUUCAUGAUUGUGAAGAAGCUUUUGAAAAAAGCAGGAGUAAUUUGAAAAUUCGUGAAGAGAAUUUAAGGAAAGCUAGAGAGCAAUGUAUGCGAACAGAAUCAAUUGGUGUAACGACAAAUGACAUGCUUCGACGUCGGCGAGAAAUGGAUAAGAAGAAGAGAUCCGAAGAGGAUGCUAUUGCCAAGAGAGAAGAAGCUGAGAAACAGAUGAGCAUACUAGCAUCCGAGCUUAGACGCAAAAGAAAAGAAAUGGAAGUAACAAAGGAAAGGAUUAUCGAAAAGCUGCGUGAGCUCAUCUUCCAGUGCGAUCAAACCACCAAAGCGUGCACUUCUCAUUACUUCAAGUCGCUAGCAGCUUUAUGGGUCAAACUGCCGGGGAGCUAUCAACAAUUAUCGGAUGCAACUCGCGAGUUUGAGCCCGGAAGUGCAUAUAUGACCUUUCUGCAACACUUGCCUGACCGGGCCGCUUCAACAAACUCAUUACUUAGAUCGGAUCGUAGUGUAGACGAAGGAGUAUCUUGUGAUGGAUCUUCUGUAGCUUCAUUACGACGAAAUGCUUUAAACCCUGAUGACGAAGGCACCAUACCAGACACCAAGCGACAUAAGAAAACAAGCACUGCUGGACGUCUGUUCGAUUCAACCGACUUAUCUGAUUCAGCUCAUACUCAUUGCGUUCAGCGUACCGUUCAACCUUCUAAAUGUGCUCAUUGCGAUCGUCUAUCUAUAGUAUUCACAGUUCAAUGUAUAGAUUGUCAGCAGCAAUGGCAUCGUUCAUGCUUCCCAAAGACAUCGAUUAGCUGUGGACAAACAUUACGAGCAUCUGCAGAUCGUCGAAUGAGUAUCUUUGGAGUCUCACUCAAAGGCCAUUUAGAUAUGCAAAAACGGUCUAUACCAUUAAUACUAGAAAGUACAAUUCAUGAACUUCAGAAGAGAGGAAUGCGUGUUAAGGGAAUAUAUCGCACUUGUGGAGUGAAAUCGAAAAUAGAAGAAAUUUGUGAACUUUUUGAGCGUUGCACUUCAGAAGAGCAAAUUGAUUUAUCAAAUGUGCAUCCGAUGAAUCUUGCAUCAGUUAUUAAGUUAUACUUACGAAAACUUCCUGAGCCAUUGCUCACUUUUGAUUUAUAUAAUGAAUUUGCUCGCAUUGGAUCGGCUAAACUAGAUAACGAUGAGAGCUGCUAUGAGAACUUGAGAUGUCUGAUACAUAGGCUUCCAAGUCAAAACUAUGAAACUCUUAAGUACUUCUUACUUCAUCUCAAUCGUGUUACGUGGUUCCAAGAGAGUAAUCUAAUGUGUUGCUCCAAUCUAUCGACAGUUGUAGCUCCAUCCCUUAUCUGGCCUCCACCUUUUGACUCAACCGCAGUUGAUCAUUCUGUUUACUUGCAGCAGGCUCAACAUACCAACUCUGCUGUUUUAAUGUUAAUUAAGAAUGCUUAUCGAAUAUUCUCAGUUGACAGAGAUGACGAUUGGAGAUGUUUCUUUGAAAAGUAUCAGAUCGAUGAACCUCCAAAAGAGGUUAUUGAUGAUGAUGGUGGUAACGAAUCAGAAGAUGAACACGACGACGAAGAUGACGAAGAGGAGGAAGAAGACGGUUUGGUAGAUGAUGAGCCAAUGUUCAUUCCUCAGCCUCCUACUCCUGACUUACUCAAAAAUACAAGGAAGUCCCAAGAGAAAUGUGCUCCUUCAUCUAUAACGACAGGAUCCAUAUCGGAUCCAUGGCAAAGUAGUCCGGAAGAGAAACCACGUAGAAAUGAUCAACGAAAGAAGAUGAAAGACAAAAGACGAAGUUACACAACUAGCAUAUUGAUAUCACCGACUGUGAGUAGAAGUAAUGGUCAUCCUACCACAUUAAAUAAUAAUAAUACUGAUAAACAGAAACCGAUUCUGGAGAAUACCAUCUGCUCGGGCGAAGUAACAUUAGAGAUAUCCAAGGGUCAGUUUUUUGUUGAUAGGAAACGGGAUGGACGACAGUUAGUCAGACGACAGUCUAACAAGGAGUAUUCGUCAUUUAAUAAGGAUGUUGAUAAAUAUGGAGCUGAAGCUGGAAAUAUAAUAAGUGUCCACAAUGUGGGUGACUUAUUCCCUGGAACAGAUCAUGACGUAUCAUACGUGUAG